AUGCCGUACCCUCUCUUUUAUGGGAGAGAUGCCAUUGCCGAUGCCGCGUCGGUCUUUGACUGUAGGUCGACCGAUGGCGUUUCUGGGAGGAUCAUUGGGCGUGACAAGGAGUAUCGACAGCCGGAAGAUGAUGGAGGGGAAGAGCCACGGCAGGUCCGGGACGUGGCGGCAAGCGCCCGCCACGCCGUGAGCUUCGGGUACGACCUCAAGAGCUACUCCCGUAACUUUGAUGACGGCCUCGUCCCUGCUCACCGCCUGUAG